AUGAGAAUCCUUGCUCUCCACGGCCUUGGCUCGUCAUCCUCGCUGCUGAAGGAGCAGCUAGCACCCUUCAGCAAGGCAUUGGGCAAAGAGUACCAGUUCAUAUUUCUAGAUGGAGGAAUACCCUGCGGGAGAGGCCCAGCUUGGGCCUCCGGGCCCUUCUAUUCAUACGCAACGGGCUUCACUCCAGUUGAGAUGCGUCGAGCUCUCAGCUACUUGGAUAAUUUUAUCAAAGAACACGGUCCUUUCGACGGCGUGUUUGGAUUCAGUCUGGGUGCCGCCCUUGCGAUAACAUAUAUGUUGGACCAGCAAAAAAAGCAGGCUUCUUUGCCAUUCUGCUUUGCUGUCAUGUUCUCACCCAUAUUUGUUGUUUCGCCUGAUGAUAGCUUUUGCGAGCAGCUUCUGCGUCGAUGGCUGGCAGACGACCAUACAGUGUUUCGGUCCAAGUUCCCCAAUGGCGACUUUAUGACAGAGCUGGAAGAUCCGUCUGAGCAAACGCUUGCCCAGUAUCUGCAGCAAGUCUUAUUCAUGCAGUCAAUGGGGGUUGGGCUGAUUUUGCCGAACACGAAUGUCGAUUUCCUAGGUACCAAAAAGACGGAGGAAGUCCCGCGCUUGAUACAUCCGGAUUUGUUUAACGCCCGGAUCAAAAUACCAACGGUCCAUGUCACCGGGCAGAACGACUCACCCUAUAUUGGAAAACAGUCGGCAGUUGCACGAGACCUGUGCACAGCUUCGAUUCGGCGGGUACAUAGUCAUGAUGGUGGACAUGACGUACCUUUUAAGAUAUCCGACGUGGAUGCCAUUGUUCCUUCGAUCAAGGCGAUGGCCGAGGAAGGCAUUCAGAUACGGGAUUUGUACGAUGAUUGA